GUUCUGGGCAUGCGCAGAUCGCGGCGGGAGAGACCUUCGUUAACCCCCCCUGCCCGGGCUCCGCCUGCGCUGCGGAGCUGCAGCCUCCAGGCUGCAGAAUGACGUCCAUGUUUCGCUCCAGCUCAUCCCAUACUCCCAUGACACAGGGAAGAGAAAUGGCUCCAGAGGAGCCUGUUCAGAGGCCAGUGACCUUUGAGGAGGUGGCUGUGUAUUUCACCAGGGAAGAGUGUGCUCUGCCAGACCCUGCCCAGAGAGCUCUCUGCAGAGACGUCAUGCAGCAGAACUAUGAGAAUGUGACCUCUCUGGGUUGCAGAAUGACGCCCACAUCUCGCGCCAGUUCAUCCCAUCCUUCCAUGGGACAGAGAAGGGAAAUGGCUGCUGUGGAACCAGCUCAGAGGCCAGUGACCUUCGAGGAGGUGGCUGUGUAUUUCACCAGGGAAGUGUGGACUCUGCUGGACCCUGCCCUGAGAGCUCUCUGCAGAGAUGUCAUGCAGCAGAACUAUGAGAAUGUGACCUCACUGGCAGCUGGUAGAAGAACCCACAAGGGGAGAAGCAACUCUCCAUUUAGUCCUGAGUGGAGCGCAGGAUCUUGUCCAAAAGGGUUCCCAGUUUCCAAACCUCGUAUAAUCUCCCAGCUGGAACAAGGAGAAGAGCCAUGGGUUCCAGACCUCCAGGGUUCAGAGGAAAGAGAGAUCCUGAGAGAUCCCUGCACAGCAGGUGAUGCAAUGGUAUGUGAGAAAGAGGAGCACAAUUCUCAGCAGGAAAAUGUUGAGCAAGUGGCUCAACACAGAGAAUUAUCGCAAAGAUGGAAAAGGAAUGUGUCCAGGAGUCAUGAGCAGGGAAACUACUGUGAGAUUGAGCACAGACCGGAAAGAGAGCAAGGAUACCAGCCAAGGGAGAAAAUGGGUAAAUGUAUUUCCUUACGGGGAACUCAGAAGAGCAUCAAAGAAACCACAACACAGCAGGAAAUCCUCAUGGGACAGAGGAAAAACACAUGCACUGAGUGUGGAAAAGCCUUCACUUGCAGCUCAGCCCUUUCUGUUCAUCAGAGAAUCCACACAGGGGAGAGGCCUUAUGAAUGCCGUGAGUGUGGGAAAAGCUUCACUAGCAGCUCAGCCCUUUCUAAACAUGAGAGAAUCCACACAGGGGAGAGGCCCUAUGAAUGCCGUGAGUGUGAGAAGAGCUUCACUAGCAGCUCAGACCUUUCUAAACAUGAGAGAAUCCACACAGGGGAGAGGCCCUAUGAAUGCAGUGAGUGUGAGAAAAGCUUCACUAGCAGCUCAGACCUUUCUAAACAUGAGAGAAUCCACACAGGGGAGAGGCCCUAUGAAUGCCGUGAGUGUGAGAAAAGCUUUAUUACCAGCUCAGACCUUUCUAAACAUGAGAGAAUCCACACAGGGGAGAGGCCCUUUCAAUGCAGUGAGUGUGGGAAAACCUUCACUCUCAGCUCAGGCCUUUCCCAACAUCAGAGAAUCCACACAGGGGAGAGGCCCUUUGAUUGCAGUGAGUGUGGGAAAACAUUCACUUACAGAUCAAAUCUUGUUCAUCAUCAGAGAAUCCACACAGGGGAGAGGCCCUAUGAAUGCCGUAAGUGUGGAAAAAGCUUCACUAGCAGCUCAGGCCUUUCCCAACAUCAGAGAAUCCACGCAGGGGAUUGGCCCUUCGAAUGCAGUGAAUGUGGGAAAACCUUCACUUACAGAUCAGGCCUUUCUAAACAUCAGAGAAUCCAGACAGGGGAGAGGCCCUUUGAAUGCUGUGAGUGUGGGAAAACCUUUACUUACAGAUCAGGCCUUUCUAAACAUCAGACAAUCCACACAAGGGAGAGGCCCUAUGAAUGUCCUGAGUGUGGGAAAAGCUUCACUCACAACUCUCACCUUACUAGGCAUCAGAGAAUCCACACAGGAGAGAGGCCCUAUGUAUGCAGUGAGUGUGGGAAAACCUUCAAUCACAGCUCACACCUUCUUACCCAUCUCAGAAUCCACACAGGAGAGAGGCCCUAUGAAUGCAGUGAGUGUGGGAAAACCUUCAAUCACAGCUCAGCCCUUUAUAAACAUCAGAGAAUCCAUACAGGGGAGAGGCCCUAUGAAUGUCAUGAGUGUGGGAAAAGCUUCACUCGCAGCUCUCACCUUACUGGGCAUCAGAGAAUCCACACAGGGGAGAGGCCCUAUGAAUGCCGUGAGUGUGGAAAAACCUUCAUUCACCGCCAGCAGCUUGUUAGCCAUCAGAGAAUCCACACAGGUAUGAGACCCAAUGAAAGCAGUGAGCGUGGGAAAGCCUUGUCUUGCCACUGAGCCCAUGUGAGCCAUCAGAGAAUCUGCAAUGGGAAUCAACACCAUAAAACCCUUUAGGGCUAUCAAUACUUUAAUACUUUCCUGAUUCCUACAGAGUAACUUUUAAAAGCUGUUUGAAGCACUGAUAUCCCUCAGCUUGUCCAGAUGAGUGAGUGGCCCAUUUUUGCAGUUUGCAGUUUGACCUCUUUGACGUGGACUCAUUUGUCCUUUCUAUCAACUCCAUUCUCCCAUGAGUAAUUCUAGUGUGCCCUUCCUAUCAGGAACCCAGAGAGCAUCACAUUUAUACCAGUCCUCCUAUUACAAAGUUAUUGUUAGAGUCACCAGUGAUACAGAUUGUAUCAUUGUGAAUUCUUCUCAUGUUGUGCUGAAGAGCAGUUAUAAUGGGAACUUAUCAUAUUACAUUUAAAUGAAGAGGCACAGGGGCAGGAAAAAAGUGUCAUUUGAGCCUCUGUGAUACAGGAAGGAGAUGUAAAAAGCGACAGAGUCCUGUGGCACCUUAUAGACUAAAAU